GCCUGGGUUGUCUGUGUUGUCUCGUGGGUAACGUUAGAUCCAAAGAAUUAUUUUUUAUGCCCAGCACGGUUUGACUGCUUUUGAAAACAAUUGACGGAAUAAUUAAAUCACAUUUUUUGUAUCGUCUCGGAAUAUAUAGGAAGGCAUGGCUGCGGAGGUGAACGGCGGCUCCACUCCGGUGAAGGAGGAGGAGGAGCCCAUGGACGUGACAGUAACGCACACGGAGCACUACCAGACCCUGCUGGACGCCGGCCUCCCGCAGAAGGUGGCCGAGAGCCUGGACAACAUCUUCCAGACCGGUCUGGUGUCGUACACUGACCUGGAUGAGCGAGCCAUCGACGCCCUGCGGGAGUUCAACGAGGAGGGAGCCCUGUCUGUCCUGCAGCAGUUUAAGGAGAGCGACCUCUCCCACGUGCAGAACAAGAGUGCUUUCCUGUGCGGCGUCAUGAAGACGUAUCGACAGAGGGAAAAGCAAGGCAGCAAAAUCCAGGAGUCGACGAAGGGACCAGACGAGACCAAGAUCAAGGCUCUGCUGGAUAGGACGGGCUACACCCUGGAUGUCACCACGGGCCAGAGGAAGUACGGCGGCCCCCCUCCUGAGGAGAUCUUCUCCGGAGCACAGCCGGGAGUCGGAACAGAGGUGUUUGUGGGUAAGAUCCCGCGGGACCUGUACGAGGACGAGCUAGUGCCACUGUUUGAGAAGGCAGGCUCCAUUUGGGACCUGCGGCUCAUGAUGGACCCGCUGACGGGCCAGAACCGCGGCUACGCCUUCAUCACCUUCUGCAGCAAAGGGGCUGCCCAGGAGGCCGUCAAGCUCUGUGACAACUAUGAGAUCCGGUCUGGGAAGUAUCUGGGAGUGUGCAUCUCGGUGGCGAACAACCGCCUUUUUGUGGGCUCGAUACCAAAGAACAAGACCAGGGAGAGCAUCCUGGAGGACUUUGGCAAAGUCACAGAGGGCCUUCAGGAGGUGAUCCUGUACACGCAGCCGGACGACAAGAAGAAGAACCGCGGUUUCUGCUUCCUGGAGUACGAGGACCACAAGUCGGCUGCUCAGGCCCGCAGGCGCCUCAUGAGCGGCAAGGUCAAGGUGUGGGGCAACCCCGUCACCGUGGAGUGGGCCGACCCCGUCGCCGAGCCGGACCCAGAGGUCAUGGCCAAGGUGAAGGUGCUAUUUGUGCGUAAGCUGGCCACAGCGGUGACAGAGGAGCUCCUGGAGAAGACCUUCUCUCAGUUCGGGAAGCUGGAGCGCGUCAAGAAGCUCAAAGACUACGCCUUCGUCCACUUUGAGGAGCGCGAUGCCGCUGUUAAGGCGAUGGACGAGAUGAACGGUAAGGAGCUGGGCGGAGAGGAGAUCGAGAUCGUGCUGGCCAAGCCCCCCGACAAGAAGAGGAAAGAACGCCAGGCACAGAGGCAGACCACCAGGAACACAGGGUAUGACGACUACUACUACUACCCCCCUCCCCGUAUGCCGCCACCGGGUCGGGGCCGAGGACGUGGGGGGCGCGGGGGCUAUGCGUACCCCCCAGACUACUACGCGUACGAAGACUACUACGAGGAUUACUACGGCUACGAUUACCAUGACUACCGCGGCGGCUACGAAGACCCCUACUACGGUUACGACGACGGCUACGCCAUCCGCGCUCGCGGCAGCCGCACCAGCCGAGGGGGCCCUCCACCCCCCAGGGCCCGGGGUGCACCCCCGGCACGCGGCAGGGGGGGUUAUGCACCCCGCGGAGCACCCAUGGGGGCCCCCAGAGGCGGGCGCGGCGGCCGAGGAGGUCCCUUUCCUCCCCAGAGGGGGGGCCGCGGCACCAGGGGCGCGCGGGGCAACCGCGGAGGUAACGUCGGCGGCAAACGCAAGGCGGACGUCUUCAACCAGCCCGACUCCAAACGCCGGCAGACGACCAACCAGCAGAACUGGGGGUCGCAGCCCAUCGCCCAGCAGCCCCUGCCCCAGGGCGGUGAUUAUUCUGGUAACUAUGGUUACAGUAAUGACAACCUGGAGUUCUCCCAGGAUUCAUAUGGGCAGCAGUGGAAGUAAGAUGCCACAAAACAAACGAGAGGUCGCCCAACGGCGGUCUUUCGGGCAGUGGCAACAGCAACAGAGACACACAGAAACACAUGCGUACACUCACACGCACUUACAGACGUACACACCCACACAACACCAGUCAGUUACAAAAACAAAAACACUUUGACAUCUCACUCAAUUUGGCAGCCACUUUUUAUCGUUCAUCUUUUCUUCCCCUCUCAUGAUCUCAAAGUAUCAGAAAAACGGACAGAAUGCAGAAAUGCCCCCCCGAAGGUCAGCAUUGGCUUGAAGUCCAUUUUGGCUGAAGAAUGUAACUUUCUUUUCUUUUUUCUUCUUUUUUUUUAGCUGUGGGCCAACCCCUCCCCAAAUGUUAAUUGUAUUGAUCACCCAUUUAUAAGUUUGAACUGCCAUGGCAACAUGGGAGUCUCAAUGUCUUUUCAGAAAAGAAAGAGAAAAAAAAUGGGCAAAAUUUUUAUUGUGUUUUUUGUUUCUCACCCUUUUUUUCUUAUUUGUUCUUUUUUAAAGAAAUCGAUGGUGGUAAACAUUUUAAAAAGUGGACAUGUGUUUAUUUUUUUCUUUCUCCAAAAAAAAAAAAGUCUGAGAGGACAUUAAAAUCAUGAAAUGGCCUUGCAGGAAGCUCAUGUCAGACCCCCCCCCCCACCCCCACCACCCCCUGUCUUCAUCUAUUCCCUGAGAUCCUCCCCUUCGCUCUCUCCUCCCCCCUUUCUCAUUUCUACCUAGUAGCAUAGGGACCUUGCUUGUAUAUAACGGCUUAAAGGCUAGAGCUUCAUUUCAUUUUAUUUUUUCAUUAUUUUGGUGGAGAAAAGAAUCCACAAGAAGGAGAGAGAGAAGGUUUUUGUAGCGGUUAUAAACGUGUAUGUCUAGUUUCUAGAAGUAGUUCAAUUGUGUUUUUUAAAACUGAUAUUACUAUAAUAAUUAUUACUUCAAACAUUUUUUGUUUUGUUUUUUUGUUUUACUUUCUUGAAAAAAUGCUCGUAAAAAGGAUUUGGUUUGGCUCACCUUAAGAGCCACCCCAGGUUGUUCUCUGAUGUUUGUAUUUAUAACGUUUUUUGUUUUGUUUGUUCUGUUUCAAUAAAACUCAAAUCGAGCAUCA